AUGGAAGCAAUGGACGAAAAACUGCGUGCCCUGCUUGAUACCGAUGAGAAAGAGAGCAGUUUGCCUGCUGAUUUCAAGGAGCUCGAAAAACAGGUUGGUGAUGAAAUUUUGGAUGUGUUGAACGAAAGUAAGGACGAUUCCACGAUAUUGCAUCGUGACACCCUUCUGGCCGAAAUAAAGCUGAAACUGCAACGGAUGACGAUUCGAUUCAUAGAUGAUUUCGAAAUUUGUAAAAGCGCAAAUACGCGAGUGCUAGCGGUGGAUUUAUGGUGGCUCGCAAGUUGUAUUCACUUAAGCCCACGACGCCAUAGCACUGCUGUAUCGCUCAGCGUCACCGAUAUGAGCUUGCAGAGGCUCCUUGUAGGCUCAAUGUUUUUAGAUGAAGCAGAUCAGCAGGGUGCGGAGUCGUUGAUUUUCGGGUUUGGAAGCGUCAAAGAGACGACGCAAGUUCUGUUCGCAAUUGGGAAAGCAGGGAAGAGCGAAGACGCACGUGAAGGAAAGAGUCGUGUGGAAAAAGCGCUUUUCCGGUAA